AUGGAUGACACAGUUACUUAUAUCUCCGUCCACGAUGCGUUUACAGUCUCCUUCAACAAACACUUGGUCUCGAUCAAGUACCCUGAACGCCUCCGUGGGUUGAAUCUGCAUCAGUUCGUCAUUCCGCCGGGUGUCGACUUCCCCGGCGUAGUGGGUGAGGAGUUCACCUUCCGGACAGGCCUUGCCAGCUCUACGCCAUUGGGCUGGCGUCUUGCAGCGGGAAACAUCAGUGAUGACUUGGGACAGCCAGGAGGUUGGUAUGUCUGCGAGCUGCAGCCUGGAGCUCAGGGCAAGAGGGCAAGCCUUGGCAAGCCGGCCACUGCAGUCUUGGCACCAAGCAAUCGAGUGGGCUUGAAGGUUCUUCUUAUCGAGCGACUGCACGACAGAGCAGAUGCAGGGAACACCUGCAGCAAGCAGCGAAGCCAACGCUUCCAACUGGCAGGACAUGACAUCCGCGAGUUUGAGGCAAACCUCGCCUUUGACCAAAGGAAGUCUCCUGGCUUAUAUGCCCGAUCAUUAAAGCUACAAGGCAAAGCCGGGGAGGUGAAGCCGGAGGUGCAGUUCUACGUUGGUGGCCGCUCUGCUGAAUGUGUUCAACUGUGCCUGUGGUACACACUGCAGACCUUCAGCUACACGGAGGCGUGCGUGUCAUUGUCCUCAGACUUCUCUGUGAUCUUUGGCAACGCUCCGGCCAAGGGGCCAAGGGACAGCCUUUCUGGGCAUGUUACAGCCAAGGAGUUCGACACAGUAGCCCCUCGAAUCCUGAGCAGCGAUCCGGACCUGUCCAGCAGCCUGGCUGUUAGCACCACCCAGAGGAUAUCGCUCGUCUUCAGCGAACGGAUCGUGCCUGGCAGUGAUUUCCUCUUGGUCGAUGCUGGAGCAGAUGGCCUUUGCAGUACCGCAGAUGACACAGUUCUCGCGAUUCCGGUUGAUCUUCCGACUGCUGCGGUCCAGAAUGGCACUGUUCCUUGGGUCUACAUCACAGGCGAGACAGUACUGAUCCGGUAUCCGUAUCAAGACAUGACGGGUGGCAACUACCACUGCUUGCAGGUGGAGCCGGGCAUCAUUCAGGAUUUGGCCGGGACGCCUUUUCCAGGGCUGAUCGGCGACGACUUCCGCUUCCCCGUGGCCACUACGCCCUUCCAAGAUGCUACUGCCCCAGUCUUCGUGGCCACGGAACCGCCCUCAGGCACCGAGUUGGCAGGUCUGCAAAUCCAUUCGUUCAAGAUCUUCAUGAGCCACGUGGUUGCGACCAUUUGCGGCCACGUGUGUGAGUGUCAAUUUCUGUAA